CUGUAUUUAUGAUUCUAAAAGAUAACAAAGAUGAUUUGGACCUAACUCUAAACGUGAAGGUGGAUAACUUCAGUUAUGUUAUCUAUGCUUCAACAAGUGUCAUGAAGUGCUUUGGUUGUGGGCAAUCAGGGCACCUUGUUCGUGCGUGUCCUAAGGCAAAGGGGAAUUCGAGUGAUGUGCAAAUAAAUCACGAAAACACCAGUAGGCCUAUGCCUAAUGAAAUUGUGGUAGAUGAGCAGUCUACCGAAAUGGGUGCGUCUACUGCUGCGGUUGCAGCACCCGCUGUAUCCAGUGGGCCUUCGUCUGCCUCAGCCGAGUCAGUAGGGGCAGAUCAUGCUUCCCUUUUGCGGGAAGAGGUUAACGGGGUAACCCCGAUUGAUAAGCCAGUAGGCCGAGAACAAAGUUCUCCCACAGAUGACGCAGUGAACGCAGAAUCUGAGAGUCAGUCCACACAGAACUCGCAGAGCAGUGCUUCUGCUGUCAAUUAUGACCAAGUUCUUGCGUCUCUAGAUGAAUCCCUCAUUGAGACGGAGGAAAAUGUUUUUAAAAUGCCCCCCAAAAGAAAGAGAUCUAAAAGGACUAAAAAGAGCGAUAAUUUAACAGAUCUUAGCGGCACAGAUAACGAAUACGAAAGUGAUUUCUCUGACUGUAGCGUUACCUGUAGCUUACGUCAUAGUGGGUUUGCUAGUUGCGAUUAUAGUGUGGAAGACAUAAAAUCCUUCUUGACAAAAACAAAACAUAUGAGAAAUGUUCGGAUUGACGACUACUUCCCUGAUGUGGAGCAGUUCACCACGAAAACUAAAUCUUUUUUGGAAGCACUGCAAUGCCCCUCCAAGUGCUCCAGUAGAGGGAGUGUAUUUGCUGCGGAGGCUCAUGAACAGCUUGGCUGUUUCAAACCAGCACAGACCUCAGGGUGAGGGAAGGAUGCUCCACCUUUUCAUCUCCUCGGCUCUCUUUCUCUCUUGACCCUGUGGUCUGCUUGUCUGAUGUCACUUCUUCUCUGUGACAUCACU